AUGUUGGGCCUAGUUGGAUCUGCCUCUGUCGUUCUUCAUGCCUUGCUAAGCCGUCGUAGGAAACGCGAUGCUCUGUCACCAUCUCUUUUAUCGUCUACAGAUUCGUCCGUUGUGGUUAAAAGAGCGGAAACGCGAUCGACUUCGGUUGGACCAUCUGUGGGUUCCGCACCAUCGUCAGAUACUCCUACACCCAACGGACAGAUUAGGCAACGCAGAACAACUUCAAGCCAUGAAAGUGUUAGCGAAACAUUCCACAGCAAAUUCCUUCAAGAUUUUGAGCCAGUGAAACUGCUUGGACAUGGGGGUUUUGGUGUAGUAUUUGAAGCGAUUAACCGACUUGAUGAAUGUCCUUAUGCGGUCAAGCGCAUUGCUGUUUCUAAUAGUGAACGUGCUAUUCAAAGAGUUCUGCGCGAAGUGAGAGCUAUGGCAAAACUGGAUCAUCCAAGUAUAAUCCGAUAUUAUCACACGUGGAUUGAGAGACCUCCAGAUGGCUGGCAGGUAUCAGAUGCAGGUCGUCGAAAGGAAAAAAGGUUGCUGCACACGACAUUUUUCCUGUGUCAGGAGCAAACCUUGCAUGCUUGGUUGUCCGAACAUAGAUCAUGGGAAGAUCGUCCUAUUGAUAAAAUGAAAAUAUGGAUGAUACAAAUGUGUAGUGCGGUUAGCUAUAUCCAUCAACAGGGACUCAUUCAUCGCGAUAUGAAGCCACAAAAUAUAUUCUUCGCAUCAGAUCAGACAUUGAAAGUAGGUGACUUGGGGCUGGUCACCAGAUGUGUUCCCGCCGAGGAUCAACCUAUCGAAAAGAACUCAUCUCGUUUCGCUAUCCAUACUGAUAAUGUGGGCACGAGGGGUUAUAUGAGUCCGGAGCAGUUAGCAAAUCGGCCAUACACUUUCAAAGUUGAUGUGUUCUCUCUUGGUCUUAUCUACUGUGAGCUGGUGAUACCAUUUCAAACAUUAAUGGAAAGAAGUCUUACACUAAGUUGUCUGCAACGUGACGAUAUUCCAGAUGCUCUUGCUGGAAUGCCGGAGGAGGUCAGUUUUCUGAAUUAUCUUUCUAAAAUGUUUUGUCAAUCACUGAUCUCGUUGUUAUCGUGUUUUCUAGAGCAUUGCAUGAAUCUUUUGAUCUGA